GUUGGUAUCGAUCCACCCAUCCCUAUUAUUUAGUACACAACUAAGGAUACACGCACACACAACCCACUAUUCGUGAUAACCGUAAACUUCAACCCUGUGGAAUUGACAACACUUGGUAAAGGUGUGAUGGAAAGACCAGCAUGAUUGUCGUGGCCCUGCCAUCAUGACAGAGUGCUUCCUGCCACCCAGCAGCAGCCCCGCCGAGCAGCGGCGAGCUGAGCACCCGGGUGGCGUGGCGCGCACCCCCAGCUCCGAGGAGAUCAGCCCCACCAAGUUUCCUGGGUUGUACCGCACCGGUGACCCAUCGGCACCGCACGAUGGUCUCCACCAUGAGGCGCCUGACGCAUACGUGUCAGAUGAUGACAAAGAGCACAGCAAGAAGAAGAACAAAUUUAAGAAGAAGGAGAAGCGCACGGAAGGAUAUGCCGCCUUCCAGGAGGACAGCUCAGCAGAUGAGGCCGAGAGCCCGUCCAAGAUGAAGCGCUCCAAGGGCAUCCACGUAUUUAAGAAACCCAGCUUCUCUAAGAAGAAGGAGAAGGACUUCAAGGUGAAGGAGAAGGGUCCCAAGGAAGUCAAAGACAAGAAGUCCAAGGACCUGACGGCUGCCGAUGUGGUCAAACAGUGGAAGGAGAAAAAGAAGAAGAAGAAGCCCACCGUCGCUGGCACCCCUGCCGGUGAGGUAGAAACAUUGCCAGCAGAGAUGCCUGCCUUCAGGCCCAUCUUCGGUGUCCCCCUUGCGGAGGCAGUGAAGCGGACCGCGCUAUACGAUGGCAUCCAGCUUCCCGCAAUCUUCAGGGAGUGUGUGGACUACAUCGAGAACUACGGCAUGAAGUGUGAGGGCAUCUAUCGGGUCUCAGGUAUGAAGUCCAAGGUGGACGAGCUGAAGGCGGCAUACGACCGGGAGGAGUGUCCGUGCCUGGAGGAGUACGAUCCUCACACGGUGGCCAGCCUGCUCAAGCAAUACUUGCGCGAGCUGCCCGACAAUCUGCUGGGCCGAGACCUGCCGCAGCGCUUCGAGGAUGCGUGCGGGCGGCAGGGGGAAGCGGACAAGGUGAGCGAGUUCCAGCGGCUGCUGGCCGAAGCGCCGCCCGAGAGCCGCCUCUUGCUCGGUUGGCUGAUCACCCACAUGGAUCACGUCAUCGCCAAGGAGGCCGACACCAAGAUGAACAUCCAGAAUAUCUCCAUCGUGCUCAACCCUACCAUACAGAUCGGCAACAGAGUCCUCUACAUGUUUUUCACGCACGUUAAGGAUCUGUUUGGUGACGUGGUCUUAAGGCAGGCAGUGCGUCCACUGCGCUGGUCCAACAUGGCCACCAUGCCGGCUUUGCCCGAGACUCAGGAUAGCAUCAAGGAGGAGAUCAGGCGGCAGGAGUUCCUGCUCAACUGUCUGCACAGAGACCUGCAGGCUGGCGUGAAGGACUUGUCCAAAGAGGAGCGACUUUGGGAGGUCCAGAGAAUCCUCACCGCUCUCAAGCGUAAACUGAGGGAGGCCAAGCGACAAGAAUGCGAGACUAAGAUCGCCCAGGAGAUCGCCAGCCUGUCCAAGGAAGACGUUUCCAAAGAAGAGAUGACCGAGAAUGAGGAGGAAGUUGUUAACCUUUUACUGACACAGGAAAAUGAGAUCCUGACAGAGCAGGAGGAGUUAAUUUCCCUGGAGCAAGUAUUGCGCCGACAGAUUGCCGCAGAGAAGGAGGAGAUUGAGAGGCUGCGAGCGGAGAUCGCGGAUAUCCAGAGUCGUCAGCAGGGCCGCAGCGAGACCGAGGAGUAUUCGUCCGAGAGUGAGAGCGAAAGCGAGGAUGAAGAGGAGUUGCAGAUGAUCCUGGAGGACCUUCAGAAGCAAAAUGAGGAACUGGAGAACAAGAACACCCACUUGAACCAGGCCAUCCACGAGGAGCAGGAGGCCAUCUUGGAGCUGCGGGUCCAGCUGCGCUUGCUCCAGGGCCACAAGCUGCAGCAUGAGCUUGCAGCGCAGCCACCGCCUACGGCGCCAGAGCAAACCCACACGACCGAGCAGCCGAGCCCGGAGGCCCGAGGUGGCGGCGGCGAGGAGCAAGCCAAAGUUUCCGACAGCAACGGUAGCAGUACAGCCACCGCUGCCCCCGUUGUGGCACCCGCCGGAAAGACGGUGAAGGAUCCUCCCAAGCCGUCGCCCAGCAAAGACAGGCGGGACGGCAACAUGUGAGGCAAAGUUGAAAGAACGGUCUUCACUUACAUACCAUAUGUAGUUUGUGCGUCAAUGCUUUAUCUUACGUGAGUGACUUAUUGGCCAAAUCAUUACAGAUCUGGAAAGACCUUGCCCUGGCAUUUAAUAAUAAUGUGAGUCAAUCAAGUUUGUUGACAAUUUUGACCAAAUAAUUACAAAUCUGGAAAGGCUUUGAGGAGGCCUUUUGUAUGACACUUGAGAUGAUAAAAAGGCUUGUGAAUUUAAUUUUGAACCUGCUUGGUCAAUUUUGACAUUUUCAAGGAAGUAUUAACAUUUGUUUGUCAUUACUUCGUUUUACAGCGAGCGCAUUGAACUACAGAUCUGGAAAGACCUUGUCAUAGUCUUUGUAGUGUGUCACUGAAGUUUCUUGCAAAUUGAUUUUUGACCUGGUUAAUUGUGAAUUUUAUUGACUAAUUAAUUACAGAGCUGGAAAAGUCUCCCAGAUGUUUGAGGCAGACAUUUGUGGCUUGAACUGGUUAGUAACGUCUGACAGGUUGUUGUUUUUUUCAACCUGAAAACGAAAUGUUUUCAUCUUUGCGUCAUCUUACAUAAACAUUAUGACUAAAUAAUUCUUGGAAGCGCACGCUGAUUCUCUUAACAUGUGUGAGUCCAUAAGGCUUGUUGCAAUUUUUUUUUUUUUUUUUUUUUAAUACAGAUUUAGAAGCGCUCAUUAACACAAAACUUCGGCCUAUGGGUCAUGAAGGUUUGAUGAGUCUAAAAUUAACCAAGAGGCCCACAAAUACUCUGAGACGGACGCUCAUGUCAUAUAUUUUGCCGUGUCACAUAUUUUCUUAAAUUCAUGUCAACAGUACACUGUGCCAAAAUGAAGACUGAUUUAAUAAAAGAAAACCUCUUUGAAUACAUAUGAUGGCUCAAAAUAUUUAAAUCAAAGAUAUACCUAGAUUGAAAAAAAAAAGCUUUCUGGUAAUAUAUUGUAGAUAAAUGGCUGGAAGGAGUGUUACUGUGCAAUCAUCUCCAUGGGAUGAUAAGUGGUUCAAAAGAUGGAUGGAUGUCUUUCUCAUGUCUUUUUUUUUUUUUUUUUUUACAAUCUAGUAUUCGCUUCUGGCUUGGUUGUGACAUUUCAUAUUUUCCAUUUACAUUUUAUUCCCCCUCGCUAAUUGUUUUAUACAUGCAUUAAUGGACUUGUAUGCUUGCAUCUGGUCUCAUGAUCGUGUUACUAUUAAAACCUCCUGUGACUGAAACACUGAUAUGCUGUGAGGAAUAAAGAAAGCAUCCAUUCUGA